AUGCAGCACUGGCUUCCAGCCAAAGAAGCUGCAGCCUACAUUUGUCGAUCUGCCACUUCUCUGGCCCACGGUUUAAGAAUGGGGAGGCGUCCUGCUCGAUGCUACCGCUAUUGUAAAAACAAGCCCUAUCCCAAAUCGCGUUUCUGUCGUGGUGUUCCUGAUCCCAAGAUCAGGAUAUUUGAUCUCGGCAAGAAAAAAUUUGGUGUAGACGAAUUCCCGCUUUGUGUUCACAUGCUCUCCGAUGAGUAUGAACAACUUUCAAGCGAAGCUUUGGAGGCUGCCCGCAUUUGCGCUAAUAAAUAUCUCGUGAAGUACUGUGGCAAGGAUGCUUUCCAUCUUCGUGUGCGUGUGCACCCGUACCAUGUUGUGCGCAUCAACAAGAUGCUGUCCUGCGCAGGCGCCGAUAGAUUGCAAACUGGUAUGCGGGGUGCCUAUGGUAAGCCCCUGGGCACUGUCGCCCGUGUUAACAUCGGCCAAGUCAUAAUGUCCGUUCGUGGCAAGGACGUGCACAGACCGCAAUUCAUUGAGGCUUUCCGGCGUGCUAAAAUGAAGUUUCCCGGUCGUCAAAAGAUUGCCGUUUCUCAGAACUGGGGAUUUACAAAAUGGAAGCGUGAAAAUUUCCAAGAAAUGCGGAAUUCUGGUCGCCUCCAGUAUGAUGGUUCCAAUGUCAAGUAUUUUCCUAACCAUGGACCCCUAACAGUCUGGAAAAAGACACAAUCUGCACUCUUGGGUCUUGAAUAA